AUGUGGAAAAGGAAGCUCUUGUCCUUUGCUGGAAGGCUAACUUUGGUGAAAUCAGUUUUGGAUAGUAUUUCAGGGCAGUUCAGAGUUGAGAAUGAAGAUCCAUAUGGUGAAAUAGAAGGAUGUAUCAAUGAACAAAGACCAAGGAGGAGGAGGGACAGUGAGGGUGAUUGGAGGCUUCAAUUCAGAAGGUCAUUAUUUGCUUGGGAGGAAGAGAAGGUGAGGAAGUUGCAGUUGUUGAUAAGGGAUGUUCCUAGGCUGAAUGUGGAUCUGCAAGAUGUAGUGAGGUGGACUCCAUCCUCUUCAGCUACUAUGGAAUCUGUGGAUCAUCUCUUUGUGCAGUGUUUUAAGAUUUGGAAGGUUUGGGGUUGUCUAUUACAGUGGUGGAAUCUCUGUUGGGUUUCCCCUACUACUACGGAUGAAGUGUUGUCUUGGUGGUUGGGAUCUAAGCACAAAAAAUCUGUUAAAAAAAUUUGGCUGCUAGUACCAGUAGCAAUGUUGUGGUCCACUUGGAGGCUAAGAAAUGAGGUUGUGUUUAAUGGCAAGCAACCCAAUAUGAAUGAGCUGUGUGAGGUUGUGAAAGUGACAGUUGGGCUGUGGGUUAAGUCGUCUAUGCCUUCUGUCCAAUACUCUGUGCAUCAGAUUGUGGAAAAUCUGAGUCAACCUGGGGUGGUGCUGUCAGAUGAUUGGGUUUACUUCUGGGUGCCAACCUUGUUGGGAUUUAGAGUGUAA